CAGCGCAUCUUCGUCCUGUUUCUCAACAUCGCUUCCAGAACUCGAGAGCCGAAGCCCUCGAGCCCCCCCAAAAUCCCCAAUUUGUUUGAUCGCCACCCGAGAAACCCUAAUCGCUCUUCAAAUCGCUUCUUUCUCUUCGAUUCUAAGCCCGUGCUGCUGCGAUCGGAGAUCGUCGACGAUCCUCGGGGACGAGCACCGUUGAGGAUUCUCCUCCUGAGAGAUAGGAUUCUGUGGAGAAGCUUUUCUUGGAUGGACGGAGCCAUGGGGCUCCAUGGAUGAAGGAUGCCGGAGCUGCGUAGUGGAUCGCGCCGGGGCCGGGCUCAGCCGAAUCCCGUAGUCCAGAACGAGAGGCCUGCCGCAGGGGUCAAUAGGAGGAGGAGGGCGCCAGCGAGGGGGCGGCAGCCCGCGGAGGAGAUUGUGGUCGUUGAGCCCAAGGAGGAGGUUGGGCUUGCUGAGGGCGUGGGGGAGAUCGGUGGGAUUGGUGGAGGGGAGGAGAAUAGGGAAGGGGUCGGGGAGAGAAUGGAUGAGUUUGAUAGCGGUGCGAAGAGCGCCGAUAAACUCCCUGGUGGGGAGGAUGAAGGAAGCACAGCUCCGCUCCCUGAGAAGGUUCAGAUUGGCAAUUCACCCAUUUACAAGAUUGAAAGGAAGCUAGGGAAAGGUGGUUUUGGACAAGUAUAUGUUGGUCAGCGAAUUUCUCCUACUAAUGCAAAUGAUAGGAUGACUGGCCCCAGUGCUGUGGAGGUGGCUUUAAAAUUUGAGCAUCGAAGCAGCAAAGGCUGCAAUUAUGGCCCUCCCUAUGAAUGGCAAGUUUACAAUACUCUUGGUGGUAUUCAUGGGGUGCCACGUGUGCAUUACAAGGGUCGACAAGGGGACUAUUAUGUUAUGGUUAUGGAUAUGCUGGGGCCAAGCUUAUGGGAUGUUUGGAAUAAUAAUUCACAUACAAUGUCGAUUGAAAUGGUUGCCUGUAUUGCUAUUGAAGCAAUAUCCAUUUUAGAGAAGAUGCAUUCUAAAGGUUAUGUUCAUGGAGAUGUAAAGCCUGAGAACUUCUUGCUUGGUCCUCCUGGCACGCCCGAAGAGAAAAAACUCUUCCUUGUUGAUCUUGGUUUAGCCACUAGGUGGAAAGACACAUCUACCGGCCAGCAUGUUGAAUAUGAUCAGCGGCCUGAUGUUUUCAGGGGAACAGUACGUUAUGCUAGCGUCCAUGCACAUUUAGGAAGAACAGGAAGCAGGAGGGAUGAUUUAGAAUCCCUUGCGUACACACUCGUCUUUCUACUUCGUGGCCGUCUACCCUGGCAAGGAUACCAGGGAGAAAAUAAAGGAUUUCUUGUCUGCAAAAAGAAAAUGGCCACUUCCCCAGAUUCCCUAUGUUGUUUCUGUCCACAACCUUUCAGACAAUUUGUCGAGUAUGUGGUCAACUUAAAGUUUGAUGAGGAACCUAAUUAUGCCAAAUGCAUCUCUCUUUUUGAUGGCAUAGUAGGCCCGAACCCAGACAUAAGGCCAAUCAACACUGAUGGUGCUCAAAAGCUUAUAUAUCAGGUUGGUCAAAAGAGAGGCCGGUUGAUGAUGGAAGAUGAGGAUGAUGAGCAACCAAAGAAAAAGGUUAGGAUGGGGAUGCCGGCGACUCAAUGGAUUAGUGUCUAUAAUGCCCGGCGACCUAUGAAACAAAGGUAUCACUACAAUGUUGCUGAUGCUAGACUUGGACAACAUAUUGAGAAAGGGAAUGAAGACGGUCUUUUUAUCAGCUGUGUUGCUUCUUGCACAAAUCUUUGGGCACUUAUUAUGGAUGCGGGCACUGGAUUUACUGCUCAAGUUUAUGAGCUGUCAGCUAAUUUUCUUCAUAAAGAAUGGAUAAUGGAGCAAUGGGAGAAAAACUAUUACAUUAGUGCCUUAGCUGGGGCAAACAAUGGAAGCUCUUUGGUGGUGAUGUCUAAAGGUACCCAGUAUGCUCAGCAAUCUUACAAAGUCAGUGAUUCUUUUCCUUUUAAGUGGAUAAACAAAAAAUGGAGAGAGGGUUUCUAUGUAACUGCCAUGGCCACUGCUGGAAGUAGAUGGGGAGUUGUCAUGUCUCGAAAUGCUGGCUUUACUGAUCAGGUUGUUGAACUCGACUUCUUAUACCCUAGCGAAGGUAUCCAUCGAAGGUGGGACGGUGGUUAUCGCAUCACUGCUACAGCUGCAACAUGGGACCAGGCUGCAUUCGUCUUAAGUGUGCCCAGGAGGAAGCCAUUAGAUGAAACACAAGAGACUCUUAGGACUUCUGCUUUUCCAAGUCAGCAUGUGAAGGAGAAAUGGGCGAAAAAUCUUUACAUCGCGUCUGUAUGCUAUGGUCGAACAGUCUCAUGAAAUUGCCAUCAGACUCGGAUAACUAAUGUCACAACCAACUUUUCUUAACUUCUAUACAAGAACACAAGCUUAUGCUUUUGAGAAGACAGCUGCUCAUUGGGCAACAGUGCUUGAUGUUUUUUUGAUGCCAAAGCUUUACUUUAUUGUCGCCCACAUCGCCUGUGAGCUACAACUAACAUCUGGUGCAGUAUAACUGUUGAGUUUUUGGAGAUACCUAUACAUUUAAAAUGGAUUGUCAGCAUCCUUAAUUAUUCUCAAGUCUGUAUAGUGAAUAAAUUUUUCUUAAGAACAGACAAAUCCUAAGUCUAAUGCUUUUUUAAAUUUGAUAUUUCAUUUUCCCUCCUGUUCA